CCCUGCCCUGCAAGGCUGCAACUUGGCCUAGCUGCAACUGCAAGCGACCACCCACCCAGUCGCUUCGAUCCCCUCCCUCGCUUUCCCGUCUCCCCAAACCCCAUCGCGCCGCGGCGGCACCAGCCAGCCGCCCCCACCUUCCGCCCGCCGCCGGAGUGCCGGGCCGUGGGGGGGCGCGGCUGAGAUGAAGGAGGUGGUGCUCCACGUCUACGACGUGACCAACAGCGACUCCGAGAAGACCAACAACACCAUCCUCCAGAUCAACCGCAUCUUCAAGGACCGCAUCGGCCUCGGCGGCAUCUUCCACAGCGCCGUCCAGGUCUAUGGCGAGGAGGAGUGGUCGUUCGGGUUCUGCGAGACCGGCAGCGGCGUCUUCAACUGCCCCGUCGGGAAGAACCCCAUGUACACCUACCGGGAGCGCAUCGUGCUCGGGGAGACGGAGUGCGGCAUCGCCGCCGUGAACCGGAUCCUGCGGGAGCUCAGCCGCGAGUGGCCGGGCCACUCCUACGACCUCCUCUCCAGGAACUGCAACCACUUCUGCGACGUGCUCUGCGAGAGGCUCGGCGUCCCCAAGCUCCCAGGUUGGGUUAAUCGCUUUGCAAAUGCCGGUGAUACUGCCGUUGUUGUUGCUGAGAACACAGCAGUUAAGUUCAGGCAGGCUAAAACAGAAAUUGUGAACGCCAGUAGAGUAGCCUACAGAUUUAUGGCAGGCCUGGCUUCAAAAAAUCAAGCCUCGCCAGAGUCUCCGGGUAACAACCAAAACAGAGGCAGCCCUACUUUCCAGGGAGCUUGGUUCAAGAACAUCAUCUCAGCAGGCGCUAAGCCAUCUUCGAGUGGAUCAACUCCCUCACAGGACACUAACGAUGGAUCCCCUCCGCGGCGGCAAAAUUCAACACAACAAUCAACACGGGUGUAGUCACUUUCAUAGCAGACCAACCAACUGUUGAAUUAAAUCUGUAGUGUAACAUUAGCUAAUAUUUGUUCAAAACUGUUGUUAAAUUGAAUUCUUAGUGUAACAGUUGAUAUUUGUUCAAAAACUGUUAUUUUCCCGUGAAUCUAUAUUCUUCCCGGCAUUGUUGAA